AUGAAAGAGGCUGCUUACGUAGGAGAAGAAGGUUAUAGAGAUAACCGAAGAGACGUGGAUAAGAUUCACGCACAGCACAAAACGGGAACCGAUUAUCAUGAUGUUAUAUCGAAAGGUCAAAGGAAUUUUCGAUCGGAGACGAUCGCGACGUACACAUGGCGAGGGCUAGGAAUUUUCGGGCCGGAGCCGGUUCGAUAUCGGGUCGGUUUACGUGACGGAGAGCUGGAGCGGUUCGAGCACGCCGUACCGGACGGUAAGACCAUCGUUAACGGUGACGACAGCGAUUCCGUAUCUGAGUCUACGGGAGCUUAA